UGCCCCCUCCUCAGUGCGGGAGAGGCAGACGCCGGGGGCGGAGUCACUUACCUCCCCACGGCGUGGUUGGUGCGUCCCCUGUGACGUCAGAAGUAGCCCGCCCCUGCCUGGAUGGUGCGCCCUGAGUGACGUCAGGAGCUGAGGCCGGAGCUGUCCAUCAGCACCAAGGGCCGCGGGCGGGCUCAGGGCAUGGGGCCGCGGCUCUGGGGCAGCCCGAGCCCCUGCUCCUGCUUCUUUCCCUUCCCCAGGCCCAGCCCGAGUCCGAGUCCCCGGACGCCGCGGGACUGGAGUGCCAGCCGGUGUUGGAGGCGGAGCGGCGACGCCGCCGCGCCGGGACUGGUCCCUCCGGCCCAGCAGCCCCCUUCCCCUCACGGGGGACUUUUACCGGACCCCAGUCAGCUGGAACCUCUGGAGCCCCGCAACCCCAGCCCCGCCGGCCCCUGCACAGCCUCCUUCGCUCAGAAGCUCAGGUCGCCUCCAGCCCAGGUAGAUCUUGGACAAUCCCAGAUUGAGCCUCCCACGGACCAGUCUCCUGGCUGCCUCCUUCUCACCGGCAGCACAUUGCCCUCAUCUUCCCCAGCCCAGUCCCCCUUUUAACUUCUUCAUCCCGACUCCCUCUAGCCAAGCACUUUUGUUUCCCUUUGUCUUUUGUUCCUUACUUCAGGGAUGCUUUCAGAGCUGUAUGAUGUGGGCACCAACCACUCCUUUGUCCACUGUGUCCUUGCUUAGUUCUCCCACUCUCAUUCUCACCCCCAUCCCGGUAGGGACCCAGGCCUCCUCCUUGACCCCUACUUCUUCUCUGUUAGGCUGACCUGGGAGGGUGACUCCCUUCUGUUCCCAGCAAUAUGCCAGGCACUGUGGCGACGCUGCGGUUCCAGCUGCUGCCCCCUGAGCCAGAUGAUGCCUUCUGGGGUGCACCCUGUGAACAGCCCCUGGAGCGCAGGUUACCGCUGCUUCAAGGCAGUACUCUUCCUCACUGGGUUGCUGUUUGGCUCAGUGGUAAUCUUCCUGCUGUGCUACCGAGAGCGGGUGCUGGAGACUCAGCUGAGUGCUGGGGCAAGUGCGGGCAUCGCACUGGGCAUCGGGCUGCUCUGUGGGCUAGUGGCCAUGCUGGUGCGCAGCGUGGGCCUCUUCCUGGUGGGGCUGCUGCUCGGCCUGCUGCUCGCCGCUGCCGCCCUGCUGGGCUCCGCUCCCUACUACCAGCCUGGCUCUGUUUGGGGCCCCCUGGGGCUGCUGCUGGGAGGCGGCCUUCUCUGUGCCCUGCUCACACUGCGCUGGCCUCGCCCACUCACCACCCUGGCCACUGCUGUGACUGGUGCUGCGCUCAUCGCUACCGCUGCUGACUACUUUGCCGAGUUGCUGCUGCUGGGGCGCUAUGCGGUGGAGCGUCUACGGGCUGCCCCUAUUCCCCCACUCUGCUGGCGGAGCUGGGCCCUGCUGGCACUCUGGCCCCUGCUCAGCCUGAUGGGCGUUCUGGUGCAGUGGCGGGUGACAGCCGAGAGGGACUCCCACACAGAAGUGGUUAUCAGCCGGCAGCGCCGACGCGUACAGCUGAUGCGGAUUCGGCAGCAGGAAGAUCGCAAGGAGAAGCGGCGUAAGAAGAGACCCCCGAGGGCUCCUCCCAGAGGCCCCCGGGCUCCUCCAAGGCCUGGGCCCGCCGACCCUGCUUAUCGGCGCAGGCCAGUGCCCAUCAAACGCUUCAAUGGAGACAUCCUCUCCCCGAGCUACAUCCAGAGCUUCCGGGACCGGCAGACAGGGAGCUCACUGAGCUCCUUCAUGGCCUCGCCCACAGAUGCGGACUAUGAGUACGGGUCCCGGGGGCCGCUGACAGCCUGCUCGGGGCCCCCAGUGCGGGUAUAGCAGUCAAGCUGCUCCUGCCUGCCUGGACUCAUCGGUCACCAGCUCUGCCAGCCUGGGGAGGCCUGCUGGGCCACAACUCAGCCCACCUGGCCCGUGGCCUUGGGCUGUCCCUUUCCCUAUCCGGGAGAGGGAUGGCCUGGCUGCCAGAAGGGAGGACCUCUCUCAGUCUUAGCCUGGCCUAAGGGGAGAGCCCCCUCCCAAGCUCCCGAGGGGCUCCUGAGGGACACGAGUGUGAGCCCCAUUGGGGUGUGCUCAGGGUUGUGAGUGUGUCACUUGUGUGUGCGUGUGUUUGGAGGGAUGGCCUUGGAGGGGACACUGGGACCCUUGCCUUAGAUUUCUGAUUGGUAGGGCUUCUCCAAGGGUGGCCCCACCUCUUCUCCCACUGCUGGAGUCCCAUGGGUCACUCUCCUGCAUGUUAAAGUGGAGGAGAUCUGCCUUCCUCCCACAUUGCCUCCACCUCUCAGCCAGGCUCAUCUAAGGCUUCUUGUCCUUGACCAUGGGGCAAACUGCAGCAGCCCUCACCUUGGUCCCCUGUUCUCUGCAAGCCACCAGCCUGAGGGCAGUGGCCGGGGAGGGGGGUGGGGGGGUACUGCUCUGGGCUGGGCUAAGGAAGGGGGUUAGGGGGAGGGGGCUUAAAUGCACGGUGCAUGUCUGGUGUCUGUCAUGCCACUCUGGACACCUCAUGCUUCUGUCUCCCCCCAUCCCACUCUGUUUUACAUCUUUUAUAAAUGUGCCAAACUGUG